AUGGAUAUCAAGGCACAAGAAAAGCAAAAUGAAAAUAUCCGUCAGAGAAUGCUCGAUGUGCAACAAUUACAUAUAACGGAAUGUCCGUCGGAUUCACCGUGGAUCAGACCUGUUCGAAUACGUUACCAACAAGAUGGUGAACAGAGAGACUGGGAUGUGGUAAGAGCACACGAUGGUGUGAGUAUAAUUAUUUUCAACAUCAGCCGGAAGAAACUCGUAUUUGUUCGGCAAUAUCGCCCGGCGUUUUAUUAUACGUUUCUGCCAGAGAAACUUGGUCCUGUGAAUCUUAAACAAUACCCUCCGUCAUUGGGUUUAACCUUAGAACUUUGCGCCGGUAUCGUAGAUAAAGACAAGUCAUUUGUCGAGAUUGCGAAGGAUGAAGUAAAAGAAGAAUGUGGAUACGAAGCACCUAUAGAAGCCUUUAAAUAUGUCAUUACUUUCAGGAGGGGGUGCUGCAUCUGAAGGGGAACUGAUCGAAGUGGUGGAACUAAGCAUUCCAGAAGUAAAACAGUACAUCAAUUCUGAAGAAGUUGAAAGUCCACCUUGUUUACUGUAUGGUAUAACCUGGUUUUUAGCUAACAAACCUGAAUAUUGUUCUUAA